CUUGACUUUUUUUCCCUCUAACUUUCACUUGGUUUAGUGUGUAUCUUGAAGCAGAUAUGUGUUGAAGUAGUUGAUGGAGAUGCUAACUCAGGAAGACACUACGAAUAAAGCGAUCGCUUUUAAAUUGACUGCGGAAAUCUUAUUACUUAAAUAUUUAACGGGGGUCGGGGGAGGGAAAGGUCCUCAUAAUAACCAUGCCCAGUGGGGAUGAGUUCGGUCUGGCUGUGAAAACAAAAUCGGAAGGUGAGACUAGAACGGAGCCGCGACUCACACCCUCACUCUCAAAUGCGGGGUUCCGGCCGCCCAGAACUCCUGUUUUCCCGGGCUCCCCCUCCAGGUCGCGUCUUCUCGCUGCGCACCCAGACCCUGGGGCCCAGAAACCUCAAGGCAACUUGUCUAGGUUGGGGAUUGGUUGGUCACACAACCGGUAUGGGGGCGUGGCGUAUGUAGAUGAGCGGCGCGCGGAGGCUGCUGGUCCCGCUCCUCCCGGGCCUCGGUGUCCUGCGUGUGCACACGCGGAGGUUCCUGAGGUUGUUCCCCGGGUGGGCGAGGCCGGGCCGAGGGACGAGCAGGAGCUGAGUGUGCGGAGGUGGUGCGAGGGAAGUGACCGUGCGUGCAGAGUGGGGCGAGCUCGAGGGUGCUGGGCGGUGGGUUUGCAUAUUCCGAAACUAAGAGCCUCACCUUCCGUGGAAGCUGAUGUACCCCUUCGCCCUCCUGCCCACCAUGACUUCCGGUCGCAGCGAGGCUUCCUGUGGAGUAAUGGAGAAGGCUAUCAAGAGCAAUCAGCACACCCAGGCUUAACCAGGCCUGUAGAUAUCCAGCCUUGGCUGCUCUCCUUCGCCCACCUACCCCAAUCCCUGGGCAUAAGGGGCUGCUUCCUGGAAGAAGUCAAGGUUCUGUGGACUUCCAGGAGAGGGGGCUGGAGUCCAGAGGGAGGGGCAGAAGGCACGGGUGUCCAGGUUGGACUCUACAAACAUUUCAGGUCCCACUGGGUGUGUGCCCACCACCCAAGAUCGCUAGCCCACCCAGCAAAAGUCCUCCAGAGGCACAGCAAGCCACAGUGAAGUGGCCUUCCCCCAGCCCGGUGUGUUGCCACUCCCUGACCAGGCAGCGGGCACCUCUGCCCCUUUGAGGUUGGGGGACAGUGCCUCAGAGCGCCCCUGCCAGUAUCUGUGACACCCGGACCAGAAUAGUUGGCCAUGCUGGUAACCAAAACCCACACCCCUUCCCACUUCCCCAAACCCAAGUCCCCAAGGAUUCUACACCUCCACAUCCCUUCAAGAAUAGAUCCAACAAAGGCCUAAGGUUCUUUAUUUCCAUCUGCUGGUCUUUACAGAUGGUAUCAUUCGAGGCUGGGGUCUCUGCAUUCGCAGAGCAACGGACCCUUCUGGAAGGGUACUGGUCAGACUGCAGUGGUACAGCCCUCUAGGCCCAGGGAGACUCCAAAGACUCCAGAUCGGAGCAUGUUAGUUAGCAGUGGGACAAGGAGAAGGGCUGAGAUGAGAAGUGCUGGGUGACCAUAGGAGUUUGCCAGGAGAGGAAGACAAAGCAGAAACACAGUUUCCAGUUAGAGAGGCAGUUCAGUUCAGUUCAGGCGCUCAGUAGUGACAGACUCUUUAAGACCCCAUGGACUGCAGCACGCCAGGCUUCCCUUGUCUAUCACCAACUCCCGCAGACUAUUCAAACUCAUGUCCAUUGAGCCGGUGAUGCCAUCCAACCAUCUCAUCCUCUGUUUUCCCCUUCUCCUCGCACCUUCAAUCAGAACCAGAACCAAAAAAUGGCUUGUGGCGUCAGGGGUCAGGGACAGCAGCCCCGGGCCCCUGAGGUUUCAGAGAGCCACGCUGCCAUUGGUGUUCUGCUGAGAGUCCUCUGAGAUGGGCUCCAACUAUAAGCAGAGUCUCAAGUUUCCCUCCCAUAGGAAGGGAUAAAGUACCACUCCCUGCUGUUCUCUGUACCCACACCCAAACCAGUCUGUCCCUAAAAUAAAGCUGCUCCUUCUUGGUAACAGUCCAGCCCAGUUCCUUCUGGGUGCUCUCUCCACUUCAUCCUCUUCUUUCUCCCAAUUUAGCCUUAAGGACCCAGCACUAAAGUUAGCCACCUGGUCAGAACCCACAGGCUAGUGGUCUGUGCAACUAGGUGAAUUUAUGUGCCCCUCAUGCUAACAUCUCCCCACAUGCCCCCCAUCCCAACCUCCACCCUUCUCCCUGCCAUCAGCCCCCGUUGCUCCCGACUCAGGGCUCUCUGAGCUCUUGUCUGUACUUUUGCUGUCAUCUCUACUUUGGCCACCUGAUGCGAAGAGCUGACUCAUUGGAAAAGACCCUGAUGCUGGGAAAGACUGAG